AUGGAGGGCUCCGAGGAGCUGGAGAGCAGCCUCCUGACACAGCCUUGGGCUUCUGUCUGCUUUGGCGAGUCUGCUUUUCUUGCCAAAGCGUGCUUCAGGGAUACUGGCUACAUCCUGCUGAUCUCCAACCUCAGCAGUGUCUGGUACGAGAGCGCAGACGCCAAGGCUGUGGGACAAAGGUCUAAGGAGUUGAACAAGCGUCUGACGGUCCAUGUGUCCUCCUUCCUGCACCGCUUGUCCAACCUGAUGUGCCCCUUGCUGGCGGGGCAGCUGGACGCUGCCACGUACUUCUCCUGCCACCUCACUGCUGGCAGCCUCAGCCUGCGCGUGAAGAGCAACCUCUCGGGACUGCCCUUUUACUGGGACUUCCACUGCUGCCCUGCUCCUGUGGAGAUG